AUGAGGAGUGGAGACCCCUCCCCACCCACGAUGGUCCCUGUCCAGUUCUUCACAGGUGGGGCUGCUGGUCACAGGUGGGGCUGCUGGUCACAGGUGGAGCUGCUGGUCACGGGUGGGGCUGCUGGUCACGGGUGGGGCUGCUGGUCACAGGUGGGGCUGCUGGUCACAGGUGGGGCUGCUGGUCACAUGUGGGGCUGCUGGUCACAGGUGGGGCUGCUGGUCACGGGUGGGGCUGCUGGUCACAGGUGGGGCUGCUGGUCACAGGUGGGGCUGCUGGUCACAGGUGGGGUUGCUGGUCACGGGUGGGGCUGCUGGUCACAGGUGGGGCUGCUGGUCACAGGUGGGGCUGCUGGUCACAGGUGGGGCUGCUGGUCACAGGUGGGGCUGCUGGUCACAGGUGGGGCUGCUGGUCACAGGUGGGGCUGCUGGUCACAGGUAGGGCUGCUGGUCACAGGUGCCUGGUGCUGGCGGCAGGCGCUGGUGCUGGUGCCUGGUGCUGGCGGCUGGCGCUGGUGCCUGGUGCUGGUGCCUGGUGCUGGUGCUGGUGACUGGCUUCGGUGCUGGUGCUGGUUCCUGGUGCUGGUGGCUGGCGCUGGUGCUGGUGCCUGGUGCUGUUCCGCCGCCACUCCCUUCCCCCUUGUCCUCUCUCCCCCACAGCAUUCCGCCGCCACUCCCUUCCCCCUUUCCCUCUCCCACCCGCAGCGUUCCGCCGCCAAUCCCUUCCCCUCCUCCCUCUCCCACCCACAGCGACCGCAGCUGCACACGCGAACAGUCGCGACGGGGGAGGGGGGGGGUGACGAGCAGGGGGCCGGGGGAAUGCGACGGGCGGAGCGAGGCGAAGGGAAGGAAGAAAACGGGACGGGGGGGAAAGGGCCGCGACGACCGCCACCGUCGCCGUCCCCUUCAUUCUGCCGUCCCCCCCCCUUCCCCACUCUCGCGCAAACUCGGCAGCAGGCGUAG